AUGUCUGGAACAGCGCCCAAUGAUCCCGCGCCCGGCGGUCACUCCAAGACCUUUGAGCAAACCCCAUUGGACUCGAAUCAACAUGGCCAAGCACAGAACAUCAUCGAUGAAACAAAAGAGACAAGUGGAAGAGUUGUAGAUGCCAACCUAGGAGAAAGCAUCGACGCAGCAAAUAGCAAGGGAACAUCUCACAGAGUGGAUGACAUCCUCAACCAACCCGGCUCGGGAAGUGGAAGCACGGGCGCACAAAAGAAGGCUUCAGUGGUAGAUGAGAAGGGAUUCAAGGUCGGUGAAGAGGGAGAUAUGCAUAACUUGGCGGGUAGCAAGCAGCCUUAA